AUGUCUGGUGCAGUGGUGGCGCGUUUCCGCCCUCAGAACAAGAUCGAAAUCGCCAGCGGUGGAGAGCCCAUCGUCGAAUUCAAGGAUGAGGACACAUGCUCAAUCUCGUCGAAAGAGGCCUCCGGGUCCUUCACGUUCGACCGAGUCUUUGAUAUGGCCUCGAGGCAGAACGACGUGUUCGACUACUCGAUCCGACCCACGGUAGACGAUAUUCUCAACGGGUACAACGGUACCGUGUUCGCGUACGGUCAGACGGGUGCCGGCAAAUCGUAUACGAUGAUGGGUACCGGUAUCGAGGACGAGGUGGGCAAAGGUAUCAUCCCGCGCAUCGUCGAGCAAAUCUUCGCCAGCAUAUUGUCCUCCGCAAGCGACAUCGAAUAUACCGUCAGAGUCUCAUAUAUGGAAAUCUACAUGGAACGGAUUCGAGAUCUUUUGGUGCCACAGAAUGACAAUUUACCGGUUCACGAAGAGAAGAACAGGGGUGUAUAUGUCAAGGGUUUAUUGGAAGUCUACGUUUCGAGUGUGGAGGAGGUCUACGAAGUCAUGCGAAGAGGUGGAGAUGCUCGAGCCGUCUCCGCAACCAACAUGAACGCUGAGUCUUCGCGAUCGCACUCUAUCUUCGUCAUCACGGUCUCGCAGAAGAAUGUUAGCACUGGAUCGAUGAAAAGUGGUCAGCUCUUCCUGGUCGAUCUUGCGGGUUCCGAGAAAGUAGGCAAGACUGGCGCAAGUGGACAGACAUUGGAAGAGGCAAAGAAGAUCAACAAGAGUUUAAGUGCUCUCGGCAUGGUCAUCAAUUCGCUGACGGACGGAAAAUCUUCGCACGUUCCCUACAGAGAUUCCAAGCUCACCCGUAUCUUGCAAGAAUCGCUCGGUGGUAACUCGCGGACCACUUUAAUAAUCAACUGCUCACCGAGUAGCUACAACGACUCUGAGACGCUCAGUACGCUACGGUUCGGUAUGCGAGCGAAGUCGAUCAAGAACAAGGCCAAGGUCAAUGCGGAGCUCAGUCCCGCAGAGCUUAAAGCAAUGCUCAAGAAAGCGCAAGGCCAAAUUACGACGUUCGAAGGCUACAUCUCAUCGCUUGAAGGCGAGGUUCAGCUUUGGCGAGGGGGUGAAUCGGUUCCUAAAGAGCGGUGGAUACCAGCACUUGAAACCGGUGCAACAGGCAGGAAACCACCCACCACACCACGCGCACAAACGCCUUCGAGGUUAGAUGCCACAAAGAACUCAGAGACACCAUCAAGACCGGACUCAAGGUUGGAUAUUGAGCGAGCUGGUACACCUAGUAUUCCCCUCGACAAAGACGAGAAAGACGAAUUUCUGAGAAGAGAAAACGAGCUUCAGGACCAGGUCGCGGAGAAGGAAAGUCUGCUUGAAAAGGCCAAUGAAAUGCUGAAGGCUGCGAGAGAGGAGCUUUCCUACUUCAAAGAGCGUGAUUCCAAAUCGAACAAGGAUACCGAGCGCAUGGCAACAGAAUUGAACGAGCUCAAGAUGCAGAUCGAGAAGCUCAACUUCGAAGGAAAGGAAGGACAGAUCACGAUGGACGGUCUCAAGGACGCAAACGCAGAACUCACAGCUGAGCUUGAUGACGUAAAACAACAGCUUCUGGAUGCGCGUAUGAAUGCAAAAGAGACCACUGCCGCAAUGGAUGAAAAGAAGAAGAAGAAGGCCGAGGCCAUGGCACAAAUGAUGGCAGGGUUCGAUCUUGGCGGUGAAGUCUUCAGCGAUAACGAACGGACCCUCGCAGAUAUCAUCAAGCAGCUAGAUUCCCUAAAGGAGCUAAGCUCGUCCGGCGAGGCUAUCGCACCUGAUGCGAUCCAGGAACUGCGCGAGAAGCUCGUCGAAACACAGGGUAUUGUGCGACAAGCAGAGCUGUCUCUUAACAACCGAAACGAUCAAGACGACGUGCACAACAAGCGACGUGAAGCGCUUGAACAACGCCUUGCGAACCUGCAACAAUCCUACGAAGAGCUAUGCGAGAAGAAUCUUUCCGAAGCGGACAAGGAAGAGAUCAAGAGCCGACUUGCUGAAGCUUACGAGUCCCGUCAAGAAGGCAACAUUGAACUUGUCCAGGAGCUCAAGGAGGACCUACUCCACAAGUCCGAGAAGAACUCAGAGUUGGUGGCUGAAAUUGAAGCUCUGCAACAGCGCAUCAAGAGUGGUGCCAUUGCUAAUGGCGUAGCAAACGGCAUCAACGGCAAAUCUGUUCAGCAGCAAAUUGCCGAGUUCGACAACAUGAAGAAGAACCUGAUGCGGGAUCUGCAGAAUAGGUGUGAACGGGUCGUGGAGCUCGAGAUCUCGCUAGACGAAACGCGCGAGCAGUACAACAAUGUCCUGCGGACAUCGAACAACCGCGCCCAGCAAAAGAAGAUGAUGUUCCUGGAGCGCAACUUGGAGCAGCUCACCGUCGUCCAACGUCAGCUCGUCGAGCAGAAUUCAAGCCUCAAGAAGGAAGUUGCUAUCGCGGAGCGCAAGCUCAUCGCUCGCAACGAGCGGAUACAAAGCUUGGAGCAGCUCCUGCAAGACAGCCAGGAGAAGCUUACCGCUGCAAACCAUCGGUAUGUGGACAAGGUUUCUUAUGUCCUCUCUUUCCUUCCGUCAAGUCCCAAGAAGAAAAGAUUCGAAGACCCCAUCCCCUUAUCUCCUUAUCCUACAACUCUUGAAGACCCGGAGGAAAUCUGUCCGACUCAUCUCGGCGAUCCCUUUGACUCUAUAUCUACCACCUCCUCUCCUACAAUGAAAGGCUGGACAGAAAUUAAUAAGAAGCCCAGGUUCGAAGCGCAGCUCACCGCCGUCAAAGAGCGUCUCGAAGCCGCCAAGCAAGGCUCCACUCGCGGACUUGGAUCGCCCACGGCCGGCGCCUCCUUCGCGUUCGGUGGCGCCGUCGGCUCGCGCGUUGCCAAACCCAUUCGCGGCGGCGGUCCCAUCCAAGACGGCCCCGUCCUUCCUGUACUCAGCAACCUGCAAGCACAAGAAGCUGGUGCCCAGCAGAGUGGCAAGCGGACAAGCUGGUUCUUCAAGGGGUAG